AGCAGUUGUAUAAUGGCUAAUAAUAAUCRUCUCAAUAAGAAUGGUGACUAUAAAUUUCGCCGUCGUAUAACGGCAAAAUUAUCGUCUAAAUAAUGAUGGUGACCUCAAAUUUAGCCCUUGCAUAAUGGCUAAAAAUAGUCUCAAUAASAUUUWGCUCAGACUUAACGUAGARUGAUCACAGACUACCUGCAUCGACUGAGAGCGAAACCGAUCARAAAACCUCCAAAAAUGAACGAAACUGUUGACCUCGAUCUGGAAAAAUUGACAAUCGAACAUGAGUUUUCAAGUCCCUGGGAGGACAGUGAUCUCGUCCUUGUUGUCGAGGACCAAAAACUCCAUGUUCACCGCACCAUCCUCAUGAUGGCGUCACCAGUGUUUAAGGCCAUGCUUUCAUCCAACUUCAAAGAAAAAGAUGCGGAUGAAAUCAUCUUGCCAGGGAAGAAAGAUAACGAGUUUGUCGACUUGCUGCGACAGAUUUAUCCUCUGCAUGAUGGCGAAAUAACACUGAAGAACAUAAAGUACAUUUACAGUCUAGCUGAUGAAUACCAGAUGACAAAAGUGAUGAAGGACUGCAGAAUCUUCUUGUCAUCAACAACAAAGACAAAAGAAAAUGCCAUGGACAUGUUGCUGUUAGCACAGGACUUGGAGGCAGAAGAGCCACGCCASCAGUGUUAUGACAUACUGAACAAAAUGACUUUAACUGAGUUGGAAAGUCUGGAAGGUUUUUCUGAAUUGGACGGAUCAAGUAUGCAGGCGUUACUCCUACCAAAGGUCAAGCGACUUCAACAAUGCAUAAACAAGAUUAUCCCCGAGUUUGUAGGUGCAUUGGAUGGGAUGAUGUAUUUAUGGAGCCACGAAAAAAAUGCGAUGAAGAUGAAUGGUGUUCCAAGCACAUGUCCAAAACACAAAAUAUAUUUCUCAAACUAUAUGCGUGGUAGGUUUGGUGUUGAUAAAACUUGUGAAAGAAUAAAAUGUGAUGAAUGCCGAGCAAUGUUUAAGCAAAUGGCCCAAAAGGCUAUUUCCUACAAUUCUCCAUCUAACUCUUAUAUUAGCGAAAACAUCGUUAGUGUUCUGGAAGAAAUGAUGGACCUCAUCAAAGAACACAAACUUUACGAUAAAGAUUGCGUUAGCAAUGAUUACAGAUAUUGGGUGCAUGCAGACCUGGCGUAAGAUCUACGUCAAUAAUUCUGUAAUAAAACAUAUAAUCACCUUAGUACUAGUGAUGAUAAUGAUGAUAAUGAUGAUAAUGUUAGUUAAGUGUUCGGAGUUAUAAACACGAUCAAUCAAUAAAGCUUCCUGAAGUACCGA